UGGUGGACGACUCAUUCGCUGGUUUGGGAGGAGUUACCGUGACCGCCAUUGUUACAGCUCCUUCGUAUUGAAGAACGUGAUCUGUGAAUUCGAACCGUCACAUUACCGAUUUCAACGGAUCGUGUGUCCUUCGUAGAUUUCUGCAACGACGGUACACGACAUCAGUGAGCGUGUUCUGAGCAUAGCAUGUCCACAAUGAAUCCCGAGUAUGAUUACUUGUUUAAAUUGCUCUUAAUUGGAGAUUCGGGAGUUGGAAAAUCGUGUCUUCUACUUCGCUUUGCCGAUGACACGUACACAGAAAGUUAUAUCAGUACAAUUGGUGUAGAUUUCAAAAUAAGGACAAUCGACCUAGAUGGAAAAACAAUAAAAUUACAAAUCUGGGAUACGGCGGGUCAAGAACGAUUCAGAACAAUUACUAGUUCUUACUACAGAGGUGCACAUGGUAUUAUUGUUGUUUACGACUGCACAGAUCAAGAAACUUUCAACAAUGUUAAACAGUGGUUGGAAGAAAUUGACCGUUAUGCCUGUGACAAUGUCAAUAAGCUGCUGGUUGGCAAUAAAUGUGAUGUUCAUACUAAAAAAGUAGUUGAUUACACAACGGCAAAGGAAUACGCGGAUCAGCUUGGAAUUCCAUUCUUGGAAACAUCGGCAAAAAAUGCGAUGAACGUAGAGCAGGCUUUUAUGACAAUGGCUGCGGAAAUAAAACUUAGAGUGGGCCCUCCGUCGAGUGGAAACAGCGAUCCAGUAAAUAAGGUGAAAAUAGAACAUGGACGUGCAAUCGAAUCCUCCAAAUCUGGGUGCUGCUGAGAAAUGUAAUUUUACAUCACUGUAACCAAA